AUGCCUAAAGUGGGCGUUAGAGCAGGCUGGGUGAGCCUUUUAGAUCGCGUUGGAGCAAGCCAGGCGAGGGGUAAUGCGAGGUCCACCAGGUGCAUGCUUAGGAACUCCUUAAGAACUGGUGAAUUGCUCGAAGCAUUAUCAAAUCCUGAGAAAAUUUUCAAGGCACUGAAUCGUGCAAACAAGAGAGGCAAACAACAACAAAACUCGAAAGAACAAAUAGAACCAGACAUGGAUGACAGAGUAGAAAAUCCAAACAACAGAAACAAUGAGAAUGACCCGAACAAUCAGGAUGUGGUGCCUCUUGAACGAAGAGAAGCUCAAACUUGGGUUAAUUCACUCCCCACAAAUUCCAUCACUACUUGGGAUGAAUUAGUCAAGCAAUUUUUGAACAAGUUCUACCCACCUAAUAAAAUUGCCAAACAAAUUGAUGAUAUAUUGAGCUUCAGACAGAGACUAACAAAAUCACUACAAGAAACGUGGGAGAGGUUCAAGGAUAUGCUGGUUAAGUGUCCACAUCAUGGAAUUCCAGAUCAGAUGUUGGGGCAGAUGUUCUACAUGGGACUGGCAGAUGGCUUAAAGGCCAAUGUUGAUGCUUCAGCAGGUGGAGCAUUUUUGAGCAAAACAUUUAGAGAAUGCAAGAUCCUACUUGAUAAGAUGGCCCAAAACUCAGGAUGGAUGACAAGAGACUCUACGAUCACUCCUGUAGUUCAUUCAGUGGCUUUGGACCCAAACAACUCCAUAGCUGAAAAUAUGGCCACUCUAAUGACGCAAAUGAGUAUCCUCACAAAAAAGAUCGAUGAAUCAGGCCAGAAGCAGCAGGUACACAUAGUAGAUGCAACUAAUAGGGGCUUAUGUACACACUGCAUUGACCAACCAUAUGUUUGCUCGUGGAGUGCGGAAGGUGAAAAACAACAAUAUCAGGAAGAUAUGAACUAUGUGACCAUUUAUGGGGGACAGAGGCAAGGUGGUCAGAAUUGGGGACAACAGAAUCAACAAUAUAGACCAGCACAACAACAGUACAAUAACAGCAACAAUCAUGGAGCUAUGCGACCACAGGGUCAAGUGGUGCCUUACCAAAGGCAACAGGGUUACAACCAACAAAAUCAACAGCUGGCUUAUCAACAACCUCAACAACAACAGAUUGUGAGACAAGAUGAUGGGUUUGGUAAACUUAAGGGAAUGCUGAACAACAACAACAGAAUGCUGCAACAACUGAUUGGGUCCAUUAGAAAAAUGCAAGAGAGAGUGGACUCACAUGAAUAA